AUGGGUCAACGAUUAGCACCAGUACUGGCGAUCUGCUUCAUGAGCAGAAUCGAAGAACCAGUGCUUUCGCGUAGACCAAUAAUGUAUUGCAGAUAUAUUGACGACUGUUGCAUCAUAACAUCAACACAGUCCGAAAUGGACGGGUGUUUCCGAAUACUCAACCAACAAUCGCAAUAUAUAAGACUCACACGAGAAACCCCAAAAGAAGGAUGGCUUCCGUACCUCAACACACAAAUAAGUACUUCAAACGGCAUUAUUAGAGUAAAGUGGUAUCGCAAAGAAAGUUGCAAGAACAUCAUAUUGCACGCCAAAUCUGCACAUCCGACUGCAGUAAAACGCGCAGUGAUUCGUAAUAUGUUCAAAACCGUUAGUGAAGUAUGCACUGGCAACCAAGAACGACACGAAUCACGAAGACUAGCCUUGAAAAUCGCAUGUGCCAAUGGCCAUACAGUACGUCCGCAUUAUCGAAGAACCCGCACUGUAAAUAGCAAUGUUCCGCGCGAAAACAAAAUUUCUCUUUGUCUUCCUUUUAUCUCUGACAGUGUCAGUGCCGCUGUUCAGCGCAGCAUUAUCCAAGCACAAUUACAAAAUGACGUGAUCUUGGUAAAUAUCCCAAAUGCAAACAUCAAAAGCCAGCUUGUUAGAAACAGACUAUAUGAUAGAUAUUGCAUCUGUGAAAGAUGUGUUAUUUCUCCUUACGGAAAAACAGGCGACUGCGCAAAAAUGGGUUUAAUAUAUGAGAUUGAGUGCUUGAUAUGCAAUGCAACUUACGUUGGGGAGACCGGUAGGAAUCUUGGAGUGAGGAUUAAUGAACACAUAGCCGGAAAACAACGAAAAAGUUUGAUAACACCACUAGGAAGGCACAGACAUGAGGCCCACAACGGGAACGAUUACGAUGUGAAAUGCGUUAUACUGGCUCACGAAACAGAAAUGUCGGCAAGGAAGACGUUGGAGGCGUUUUUUAUUCUUAAAAGAAACCCUUCAAUGAAUAAUAGGAAUGAAUGCUUGUCCAUAACGAAUGAGUUCUAG